AUGACUUCUAUGGCUACUUACCAUCGAAACUUUUUGAAAAUUUUGCAUGCUAUAAGGGAUGCAAAUGAAACAAAAGUAGAGUACCUGAGAGAUGUAUAUGAUCGAAAUAUGUAUUAUCAAGAAUCAGUAUUCAUUACAACCAAAGGGUUGGAGAUAAAAUUCAUGAACAUCUUAACCACUUUGACGGUUAUUGAUUUUUCAAAUAAUCGAUUCAACGGGCAAAUUCCUGAAGUACUUGGAGAACUUCAUUCACUUAGAGUCCUCAACCUUUCUCACAAUAGUUUAAUAGGUCGUAUCCCAUCAUUGUUAGGUAAUUUGUCAGUGCUUGAAUCAUUGGAUCUCUCAUCAAACAAGUUUGAAGGAAGAAUUCCAGCAGAAUUAGUCAAUCUUAUAUUCUUAGCGGUAUUAAACCGUUCUUGGAAUAAUCUUAGUGGCCUCAUUCCUCAAGGUAAUCAAUUUGGUACUUUCACAAAUGAUUCCUACAUUGGAAACUUGGGUUUAUGUGGACUUCCUUUAUCAAAAAGUUGUAGUAAUCAGCAGAAUUUGCAACCACAAGUAACAAAAUUUGACGAAGGUGAUGAUACAAGGGAAUUGAAUUGGAAAUUUUCUAUAUUGUUGGGGUAUGGAUGUGGGCUGGUGUUGGGAUUGAGCAUGGGAUACAUUGUCUUCACAACUGGAAAACCAUGGUGGUUUAUUAGGAUCAUUGAGAAAGCCAGAAAGGCUUUAAGCAAGGAAAACAUGGAUGGUCCUGUUUUGGAGCAGAGUAUGAUUGUGAGUGCUAAUCCUAAGGUUCUUAUUCCGCCUUCAAUUCCUGCUAAAAGUGGUCAUGGAACGGCUGUAUAUGAGAUAAACAUAACCAAGCACAUUGCUCUGUCUGGCGAGUCAGUUCCAAGUCCUGGAGCUGGCAAUUAG